AUGACGGACGCUGUAGACAAGCUCGCGGACCAGGUCCAGGAGCUGAAGCUGGAUGUGACGAAGCUCACACCGCUGAGCCCCGAGGUCAUCCGCAAUCAAGCGACCAUUAACAUCGGUACCAUUGGCCACGUCGCUCACGGUAAGUCGACGGUGGUCAAGGCGAUUUCCGGUGUGCAGACCGUUCGUUUCAAGAACGAGCUCGUGCGUAACAUUACGAUCAAGUUGGGUUAUGCCAAUGCCAAGAUCUACAAGUGCCAGAACGAAAAGUGCCCUCGCCCGCAGUGCUACCAUAGCUACCCGUCGGGCAAGGAGGAGCACCCGCCAUGCCCUGCGCCGGGCUGUGGCCACAAGCUGGAGCUGCUUCGCCACGUAUCGUUCGUCGACUGCCCAGGCCACGAUAUUCUUAUGGCUACCAUGCUGAACGGUGCUGCUGUCAUGGACGCAGCGCUGCUGCUGAUUGCCGGUAACGAGCCGUGCCCGCAGCCCCAGACGUCGGAGCACUUGGCCGCGGUGGAAAUCAUGAAGUUGCAGCACAUUAUUAUUUUGCAGAACAAGGUCGAUCUGAUCCGCGAGCAGGCCGCCGAGGAGCACUGGAAGAGCAUCGUGUCGUUCGUCAAGGGCACUGUCGCUGAUGGCGCCCCGAUCGUGCCGAUUUCGGCGCAGUUGCAGUACAACAUUGACGCUGUGAACGAAUACAUCGUGAAGCGCGUGCCUGUGCCGGUGCGUGACUUUACGGCGACGCCGCGUCUGAUCGUCAUUCGUUCGUUCGACGUGAACAAGCCUGGUGCGGAGAUUGACGAACUGAAGGGCGGUGUCGCUGGUGGUUCGAUUCUCUCGGGUGUGCUGCGUUUGGGCCAGGAGAUCGAGGUGCGCCCUGGUAUUGUGACCAAGGAUACAGAGGGCAAGAUUCACUGCCGUCCGAUCUAUUCGCGCAUCGUCUCGCUGUUGGCCGAGCAGAAUGAGCUGCAGUUUGCCGUGCCCGGUGGUCUGAUUGGUGUGGGUACCAAGAUUGACCCGACGCUCUGCCGUGCAGACCGCUUGGUCGGUCAGGUGCUUGGUGAGGUCGGUAAGCUCCCGGCGAUCUACACGGAGCUCGAGAUCAACUACUUCUUGCUGCGUCGUCUGCUUGGUGUCAAGUCGGACGACAAGAAGCAGACCAAGGUGCAGAAGCUCGCGAAGAACGAGGUGCUCAUGGUCAACAUCGGCUCGACCUCGACGGGUGGCCGUGUCAUGAGUGUCAAGGCUGACUUGGCCAAGAUCUUCCUUACCUCGCCGGCCUGCACAGAAGUCGGCGAGAAGAUUGCCCUUUCGCGUCGUAUCGACAAGCACUGGCGUCUCGUCGGCUGGGGUAGCGUGCGUCGUGGUACGCAGCUCGAGGUCGAGAGCUCGGCCUAA